UUAAGUAGCAGAGGAGGUUGUUAAUCAGUUUCAACUGCUUUGGUGUUAAUGACAUUAACAACAGGUGCAACACUAGAGGGACAACAACGAGACAACCCCCAAAACAGGAAUGUCACUCACCUCAGAAUUUCCGAGUUCCGAGAGAUAAUCGAACGCAGGAUCAAAUUAACAGGUGUUACACCUGAACUAACAUGGAAGUGGCAUGUCUAGCUUUCACUUUCGCAUAGGCUUAUUUAGAAGUAUUCUUAGAAGUUGUCUUCGACAACCUAAAAUUGCACCUAUAAAGAAAAGAUUACCGAAAGUAUUCCAAGUUAAAAUCCAUUAAAAUUCAAGGCAGGUCAUUUUCUCGGGAAGUUUAAUCAAUUUUUACGUUUAGCAGGGGAACAGUUUACAAACUUGACAGAACCGACAAAUGGCGUUAGUUGAAUUCGAUGGACCGAGAAGAUCGAGUAUGGACAAAUCUUUACAGAUGUCUGCGGAGUUGAGGAUCGUGCUGUUUAGUAGCAGAAGGCCCUUACAGACCAUCGUCUCAAACUGUAUCCUGGGACGGCAGGUGAUCAUGCCAGCUGAAGGUAACUUUUCACAGAUUUCGAAGAAUCACGAGGAGAUAGAGGGCAGAAAAGUAUCAGUGAUCAACACAGGAAACUUCUUCGAGAAGGACCAUACACAGCAACAUAUCGAAAAGGAGCUGAAGAGAUGCGUGUGUCUGUCUUGCCCUGGACCCCAUGCUGUCCUUUUAAUCCUGGACUUGGAGGACAUCUCAGCAACUGAUGUCCGUACUGUGGAAAAACUUACUAAGUACUUUGUGGACAACAUCUUAAAGUACACAAUUCUUGUCCUGUGCCAUGACGGUAAGGAGGAAAAUCCAAACUUGGAGGAUAGACUCUGGGAAGGUAUAAACCUCAGAGAGAUUUUGGACAAGUGUGGACACCGGUAUCAUCUGUUUAACAAGAAUUCUGUGGGAGCUAAACCUUUGCUGAAGAGAAUUGAGAGUUUGGUGGCUGAAAAUGGAGACAGAUUCUUCACUAAUGACAAAUAUGAGGAGAUAGAAGGUAGCAUUAGAAAAGUGGAAACAUUCGUUGAGAAGGAAAGCGAGAAAGAGAUGGAUAAAAGGCUUUGUGAGCUAGACUGUAUGUAUCAGGGAGAGGAGCUGAAGAGGGAGAGAGACCAAUAUCUGAAGAUUGUCAGGGCUGAAAUUAGAAAAGAGGCUGAACAGAUCAUUCUGUAUCAACUCAAAUUUCCUGCUCAGGAUACUGAUUAUGGAGCAGGAAUGCAUGCCGCAUUCGUAGGGGGACUUGGAGCGACAACAAUGAUGAUGAUGAUGAGAGGGUUAGGGGGAGGAGUAACAGGGUCAGUGCUGGGGAUGAUAGGAGCUGCUAUAGUAGUGGCAGUGGUAGUUUGGAGAUUUUGGAGACGUUAGAGGUGCUGCUGCUGACAUUGCAGGAGAUUAAAAAGCGGUGCUGAAUUAUACUGCAGUGCUGUGCUGUUUCUUUUAAAAAAAUGAAUUCUCCAUAAUUGUCCAGAAUGAAGAAUUAAGUUGUCACUGGCAAGCUAGAUCAAAAAGAAACUGAAAAUAAUAAACUAGAAUUAAUGCAUCACCAAAGUAGACUUAAAAAACAUGAAGACAUGAAAGAAAAGUUUUGGAUAACUGGGUGACUGGUAUAGGGAUUGACUAUGUACAGACCGUGUUACCGUGUAGUUCUCUAAAUCAGUAAAUUGAGUUUAUGGAAAUUAACUGUAAAAUAAAUGUUUUACAUGGUAAUGUGUUAUUGUAAGAUAGGAUGGCUUAUGGUUCUUUAUGCUUGAAAAUCACAUUGUACAUUGUGAGUUAGUGAAUUUUAUUACUGAACUAGCUAGGGCUGCAAGGAUUCAUCGAGUAACUCGAAUAACGCGAUUACAAAAAAUCUUUGAUGCAAAUUCUUUGCUUUGAUGCUUCAUUUAAUCCGUUCGACUAUGUACUGCCCAGUGAUCACCGUGUUUCACACGGAGGUUUAUUACUGUCGCACAGUGUGCUUACGCUGCGUCACGUGUAGCGGAGUGAUACAAAAAACAGAGUGGAGGCGAGACAAGAUGGCGGCGUAAAUGGUCGUGUAUUACGAGCUCUCAGCACCAGCUUCUGGUUAGAUAUAUAUAUACAUGCAGUUUUAGAAAUUCUGUAAAACUAAUUAACACCAUAGUGCAUAUACUGUGGUACUACUGAGCCAGAAAAAGUCAAAAUAUAUACAAAAUAGACCCAGUGAGGAUAACAAAACCGGGAACAGCCAAAUUGUUAACACUAGUGACCAUGACAAUAAAGGGGGGAUAACUUAUGAAUAAAUGAAGAAGAAUUUCCUGCACUCCCUAUAACACCAAGUCGACCUCCUCUUGCCAAGAAGCCUGCUUUAUCCAGUGCACAUGCUGAUGAAGUUAUUAAAUCUGACAAGAUUGUAGCUACUCUCGCUGACUCACUUGAGGGUAUGGCAAAGGCUACCUGUGCUAAAAUGAAGGACUUGAAGGACAAAAUUGUCUGCAUUGAAAACAAUGAGCAAGCUAAGCUGACCUGCAGGAACCAUGUGAGGGAUCUGGACCGUUAGGGUAGAUGCUGGAAUAUGUAACUCCACAGUGUCAGAGAGGAUGUUAGAUAAAAUGUUCGAGAAGAAGCGGUUCACAUCUGCCAGGAAAUUAUACCACAAGAUUGGGAAAAGCUUUCAGACGCCAUUGAUGUUGCACACCGGCUGAGAAACAAGCGUCCAAGUGAUUGAAGUUGGAGAGAAACAUCUCCAUCCUCAAGAAGGCCCAGCAGAGGAUGAACUUCCUGCGACAACCGAGGAAGUAUGAUCUCCCAUAGGAACUGCUGAUCCAGUUCUACUCAGCAGUCAUCGAGUCCGUCCUGUGCUCCUCCAUCACAGUCUGGUUUGGAGCAGCAACCAAACAGAACAGGAACAGACUGAAACGGACAGUUAGGACAGCAGAACGAAUCAUUGGUGCCCCCCUGCCCUCCCUCCUGGACUUGUACACUUCAAGAAUCAGGAAAAGAGCAGGAAAAAUCAUCACUGACCCACCACAGCCUGGAAACUGUCUCUUUGAGCUCCUCCCCUCUGGCAGACGGUUCAGACGUCUGCAGACCAGGAUCAGUCCCCACAGGUUCUUCUCUCAAGCCAUCACCCUUACAAACAUCUGACCUGCAACAUUAAUUUACACCCGUUUCCCUGACUGCUGCACCCUGCUCCACUCACAACACACCAUUGAACUGAAUCUAAAACAUCCCAAACACUUUGCACCUUGUAUGUUGUUUGCACUUUAUGUACAUUGUCUGUCUGUAAAUAACAAAUCUCCUGGGAUACAUGGUUUAACUGGGGAAUUUUAUAGACGGUUCUCUAAAGAACUGACUCCUUUUUGGGGGAUUUUAUAGAAAGCAUUAGGGAACAGCACCUUCCAACAACCUUAACACAAAGACUGAUUACACUGAUUCCCAAACCAAACAAAGACAAACUUUAUAUGGAUAACUGGCAUCCAAUUUCUUUAUUAAAUAAUGAUUAUAAGAUAAUGGCACUGAUAUUAGCUGGAAGGAAAUUCAGUAAUUGAAUAAAUACAAUCUGGCUUUAC